UAACUUUCAACUUAAAAUUUCUUUAUCUGUCGUUAUGGAAAUAGCAGCACCUUCUCAAGAUUAUCACCAAUACUAAAUUGUCCAAAUAGUCCAAUAAAAACGACGACGGUGCAUUGGUGUUGAAGAAAAUAUUUUCAACUUUAAUCUCAGUGUUCAGUUGUUUUUUGAAAGCCAAGUAACCAAGUGGGACGGUCGGUGCGUUCGCUUUGCUAUCUUCGUUCCAUUAACCAAGUAAACAUUUACUUUAUUUUAAGUGUUUAAUCAUAGUAAAGUGCAAAAAAUGGCAACUCUAUUACCUGGAAAUAUUUUGUACGGUGGACCCGUUACUGGCACAGAGACCAAGCAAUAUAAGUCAUUGGGCCACUAUGCUAUGGAAAAAUAUAAAAGUUUUGGAACCCAAACCGUUUUGAUCGAUGCUGUUACAGGCCAAGAAUACUCGGCUGAAUAUAUGUACAAAUCGAUUGUACGAUUGGCCCACGUAAUGAAAUAUCUUGGUGUUAAAAGCAAUGAUGUUGUCGGUUUAUCCAGUGAAAACCGCUUGGAAUAUGCCAUUACUUUAUUUGCUGCCUUUGUUGUAAACGCUACUGUGGCUCCAUUGAAUGUUACAUAUUCUGAGCGUGAGGUACAUCAUGCCAUUAAUCUAUCCAAACCUAAAGUAAUGUUCGCCUCAAAGAUGACAAUCGAUCGUAUUGCGAAGGUGGCUAAAAAUAAUUCCUUUGUUAAGAAACUUGUUGUUUUCGGCAAUGAUUCCACCAGCUCCCAUGUACUUGCAUUCGAUGCACUAAUGAAAAGCGAUAAAAUUCCUUCGCAAGAUACAUUCGAAUGUGAAAUUGCCAAUAAAGAUGAUGAUGUAGCCUUAAUUGUGUGCUCGUCUGGCACUACUGGCUUGCCCAAGGGUGUACAGUUAACUCAAUCAAAUAUUUUGAGCACGAUCGAUUCUCAAUUGGAACCAACUGCUCUGCCAUUGGGAGAAAUGAAAAUGUUAACUGUUAUUCCAUGGUUCCAUGCUUUCGGCUGCCUAACAUUGAUUACUACUGGCUGUAUGGGUGCUGUUUUGGUUUACUUACCCAAAUUUGAGGAUCAUCUCUUCUUGAGUGCCAUUGAAAAGUAUCGUAUCAUGAUGGCCUUUAUGGUGCCACCAUUAAUGGUCUUCCUUGCCAAACAUCCCAUUGUUGAGAAAUAUGAUUUGUCUUCGUUAAUGGUGCUGUUGUGCGGUGCAGCUCCACUCAGUAAAGAAACUGAAGAUCAAAUUAAAGAACGCAUUGGUGUGCCAAUUAUUCGUCAAGGUUACGGCCUCAGUGAGUCUACAUUAAGUUUGAUUGUACAAAAUGACAAUGCCUGUAAGCCUGGCAGUGUUGGCGCAUUGAAGGUUGGUCUUUAUGCCAAGGUAAUUGACACGGAGACCGGAAAAGUUUUGGGACCAAAUCAACGCGGUGAGCUGUGUUUCAAGGGUGAUUGUAUUAUGAAGGGUUAUAUUGGUGAUACCAAAUCAACUCAAAGCGCCAUUAUUGAUGGUUGGCUACACACGGGUGAUAUUGGUUAUUUUGAUGAUGAUUUUGAAUUCUUUAUUGUUGAUCGCAUCAAGGAAUUGAUUAAAUACAAAGGCUUCCAAGUACCACCAGCUGAAAUUGAAGCUUUGUUGUUAACCCAUCCAAAAAUUAAAGAUGCCGCCGUCAUUGGCAAGCCCGACGAAGAAGCUGGAGAAUUACCUUUGGCUUUUGUUGUGAAGCAAGCCAAUGUUGACUUAAGUGAAAAGGAAGUCAUUGAUUUUGUGGCUGAACGGGCAUCUCCCGCCAAGAAACUGCGUGGUGGUGUCAUUUUUGUUGAUGAGAUCCCCAAGAAUCCUAGUGGCAAGAUUUUAAGACGUGUUCUUCGUGAUAUGCUCAAAAAGAAACCCAAGUCAAAAUUGUAAAUUAAUAGCCGUAAUUCUGAAAAGUGUACAUAUUUUCUAAAAAAAAAACAAAAACAAAA